UUUAUCAAACUUUCCGUUUAAGAUGAAAAGAUGUAUAUUAACAAAGUUACAAAAAUCUUGUAAAGAUCUUGUAUAUUUCCAUCUCUCUCUGUUUUGUGAUAGUUUUCAAUCUAUGUUGAUUUUCUUUUGCUUUCAUUGUCGCUAAGCAUAGAACAGAAAUUCUAGCCUUUAAAAUAUUUCAAAAUUUAAGUGCGCGGCAAAUGUGCUUUUGACUAGAAGACCAAUCUGUUGUUCCGGUAUUUGGGAGUUCAUAGCGAAGUACAAUGAUGAAACCCAGCCGAGUUCGUUUUAUGAUGAAAUGCAACGGAUUACGCUACUUUCUUGAUAGGACCAUCCUCUCCAGGACAAUCAGACGCCACAAAUGUAGCUGUUUGACGCUUGAGAAUACAUUCAAGUGCUACGAUCUGGAAACGGGGCCGACGAUGGACGUGGAGCUAUCCCGAGAGGACGCCCUGACAAUGUACACCCAGAUGUUGAAAGUCCGUCGAUUCGAGACUAUGGCCGGGAAUUACUACAAACAGCGCCAGAUCCGUGGUUUCUGUCAUUUGUACAAUGGUCAAGAGGCGAUUGCAGUUGGGAUGAAACAGAGUUUGCGACCAUGCGACUCCCUCAUAACAGCAUACCGUUGUCAUGCCUGGACAUAUUUAAUGGGCGUUUCACUGUACGAAGUAAUGGCCGAGCUGUUAGGCCUACGUUCCGGGUGCAGCAGGGGCAAAGGUGGCUCCAUGCACAUGUACGGCGAGAGGUACUAUGGCGGCAACGGGAUUGUUGGUGCCCAGGUAGCUGUUGGUGCAGGGAUAGGCCUGGCACACAGCUACCGUAAUGACAAUGGCGUGUGCGUUGUUCUCUAUGGCGAUGGUGCCGCCAAUCAGGGCCAGGUCUUUGAAUCCUUCAACAUGGCCAAGUUAUGGUGUCUACCAUGUAUAUUCGUCUGUGAGAACAAUCACUAUGGCAUGGGUACACAUGUCAAUCGUGCCUCGGCCAUGACGGACUUUUAUAUGCGUGGACAAUAUAUUCCUGGACUUUGGGUGGAUGGUAAUCAGGUGCUUGCCGUUCGCAGUGCUACAAAAUUUGCCGUGGAUCAUGCCCUUAAGCAUGGACCAAUUGUUCUUGAAAUGCAAACAUAUCGUUAUGUCGGACAUUCCAUGUCCGAUCCGGGUACAUCAUAUCGUUCCCGUGACGAAGUCAAAGCUGCGAGGGAAAAACAUGAUCCGAUCAUCAGUUUCCGUAAUCAAAUAACUGAAUUGUGCCUUGCCGACGAUGAGGAGCUGAAGAUUCUCGAGACUAAGGCCAAGAAAUUUGUCGAUGAUGAAUGCAAAAAGGCUCUUGCCGAUAAGGAGGUUGAGCUGCAUGAACUUAACACCGACAUAUAUGCCAAGAAUGUGGAUGGUAAGAUUCGUGGCGUAUCCGGUUACAAUCUUGAGCAUAUCCGGCUGUCGGAAGUGUGCUUUGGCAAGCCCAAGAAGACACCGGCCAGCGAGAUCAACGAUGUGCCAGUGGGUGCAGCUAUUGACUUGGCCAAGGCCAAAGAGAGGAAAGCAGCUGAAGCUGCAAAGGCGGCCAAGGCGGCCAAGGCUGGUAAAGAUGGCAAGAAAGGCAAGGAUGACAAAGCUGCCAAAGAUCCCAAGGCUGCUGCUUCACCACCUACCAAGUCAGCACCACCGGCCAAAGCACCACCAGCCAAAAAACCACCAGCAGCACCCAAAAAGUAGCAUCCACAUUCUAGCGCCUCAUCGAAGUUCUCAACCCUAUUGUGCUCUUGGCAAAAUUACUUAAGCUGAUUUCACAACCAAAGACCAUCCAUGUAAUUUAUAAAAGAAAUCAAUUCAGAGACUAA